AUGAUCCCCGUCUCCAGACAGAAAGUCGUCCCAGUCCCUGUGUCUGCGCCGGUGGAGGUUUCGAACUCUGUUUCGGGCUCCAGGGUCGUAGAGGUGCCACAGCCCCAGCCUCACCACGCGGUGUUUGUCUCACACACUUCUGCGCCCGUUUUGACUGUUGAGCAGCUGCAGCUGCAGCAGGAGCCGGGGCCAGCUCUGGUGCCAGGGUCCAGUUCCAGCGGCAGUGAUAGCAAUAGCAACGGGGCAGCUCUUACUUUUUCUUCUUCUGCAUCUUCUCCACCACAACCACAACCACUCGUAUCGAACAGGGUCCUGGAUCGGUUCAGAAACCGGCGCACCACCAACAACAACAACGACUCCAACUCCACCACACUCCAACCAGAAACUGAAGAACCACACCCGCUCACAAUCCACACAAUCGUCUCAGGACCCGAAUCGCCCUCCCCUAUCCUGGCAACGUGGUCAACCCCACAACACCCAAACCCAGACUACCUUGCGCCCUACCACCCCUCGCUCCACAAGAAUGUUCACAACUGGUCACAGAUCCUUUUGGACCAGUUGCGCCAAAAGAGUGCUUCUUCGCCCGAGGAAUUGGAGCCCCCCCUGGUUGCUGCUAACAAUAGUAGUGGUGAAGAUAAAGGGAAGGAGUUUUCGGUCCAGGCAGCCUUAUCGUCUUCUGUGUCUGGGAUUGUACCAGCUGUGCCUGUGACUUUUGAGGGCUUCUCAAGCGCGUCUAUCGCCAUUGCCUCGUCUAGCGACAAUGCUGGUGCCUCUUCGCCAUCGACUGCUGCAACUAGGAGGAGGCAACAGGUCUAUGUGCCAGCACCGAUCGAUAAACACUUUUUAUUCCAAACCCACCACCGCGAACAACAAGCAGCGCAACAGCAGAAACCUCCACAGUUGGGCAAUGGUCGGAAGCACUCUUCUCGGACACAAUCUCGGGCAGAAUCACCUGUACCGUCUUCGUCCUUGGCAUCAUUGGAAUCAGGUGCAGGAGCUGGAAAGAGGAUUCGGAGGAGGACGAUCCGGUCAUGGAAGGAGUUCGUGCGAUUUUUUAAAAAACUCUUUCGAUCCAUGCGGUCCGAGCAACAACAACAACAACAACAACACCAGCAACAACAACAGCAGCAGCAGACAAUCUCCUCGUCGUCCUCCGCGGAAGAGCACAAGCGACGGAAAUCUAAAUCCAAAGCAAAAUCCAAACAGAGAGAGGGCAGAGUCGAACCCCCUGUUUUGCCACCGCCACGCAUCACGAACGACGCUUGCUCCAAUAACACCAACACGAACAGUAACAACAUAGCCGCAGCAGCAGCAGGACAACAGAAUCACAAGGACAAGAACAAGGACACAGACGACACAUUUAAUUACUUGGUCGUCUCCGACGACGACGACGAUGACGACGAGACUUUGGAUUUCCAGAACUGUAGGAGGGAACAGAGGAGAGAGUCGUUGACCCAGAUUGUAUUGUCUGCGGAGAGAGAGUGUGAGGUUGUAGCGAGGCCACUAUCAGGGCUAACAGCACAACCAGCACAGCCAACAGGAGGACCACCACCAGGCACAUCGGCGCUUAGGGCAGUCCCCAAGAUGAUGAAAGUCAUCAACCGGAUCAAGGCCAACAAGGCGCAGGAAGCAGUUCACCUCCCCGAAAAGCUUGCACCCACACCUACACCUACACUUACACCUACGCCUGCUCCAGUACCAGAAACCGUCGUCCCUACCCCAGCAGAUAUAACACCAGCUGUACCGGAAGUGGCCGUGCCUCCACAAAAGCAGUACUUUAAUGGAGCACGGAUACACCCGACACUGUUGGAGCUGUACGAGAUCACGGACCAUGUUCUGGGAGUAGGCACCUUUGCGACUGUCCGUGAGAUCCGACUCAAGUCUUCCGGCCAGUCCUUUGCCCUCAAGAUCAUCCUUAAGAAGACCCUCCAAGGAAAGGGUUCGAUGCUGGAUACGGAGAUCUCGGUGCUGUCCAAGGUCCGCCAUCCAAACUGCGUUUCCCUCCUCGAAAUGUUCGAAACUGAAGACGCCGUCUUCCUCGUCACAGACCUAGCAGAGGGCGGAGAACUAUUCGAGCAGCUACUCCAAAAGGGCUGCUACACUGAAGGAGACGCCGCCCGACUCGUCCGCGAGAUCCUCCUCGGAGUCGAGUACCUCCAUAGUAUGGAGAUCGUCCACCGCGAUCUCAAGCCUGAAAAUCUGUUGUUUUUGGACAAGUCUGAGAAUGCGCGGUUAUUGAUUACAGAUUUUGGAUUGAGUAAGGUGUUGACGAGUGGGGAGGAUGUGUUGAUGACGGCUUGUGGGACGCCUGGGUAUGUGGCGCCUGAGGUCUUGGAGCAGAUUGGGCAUGGCAAGCCGGUGGACAUGUGGAGUCUGGGUGUUAUUGCGUAUACUUUGCUUUGUGGAUACACACCCUUCUGGGGCGAUGACCAACAAGCCCUUUUCGAGAACAUCAUUGCAGGACAGUACCAAUUCGAAGAAGAAUACUGGCGAGAUAUCUCCCCACUCGCCAAAAACUUUAUCAACACCCUCCUCGUUCGCCCUGCCGAGAUCCGAUCCACCGCCACCCAGGCAUUGGCGCAUCCAUGGUUCCGGGCCGUGUUGGAUCAAGACCUGUCGGCCCCUGCAUCGCCUCAGGAUAGUGUCAACUUGUUGCCGGCGGUAAGGAAGAACUUUAAUGCAAGGACGGUGUUCAAGAAGGCGGUUAGAGCUGUGGGUAUCUUGAGGAGGAUGCAAGCUGCUCCUCCUUCGCAGCAACGAGAGCAGCAGCGGCAGCGGGAAGCACAGUCACCUCCAGCUGGUCCUGCGAAUAUCAUCAACCCUCUAGAUACCUCUACCGCCGCCGGCGCUCUCAGUAGUGGAACGAUGGUCCAAGAAGACUCUGGCUACACUCUCCCAUCUCCACCACCACCCAACAACAGCUUCGCCCACCCGCACCAAGCAGAACUGGUCGUCACCGUCAACGGCACCGCGGGGCGUAACCAGGCCCAGCAACUGGAACAGGAGCGAUUGUAUUUCAAGGAGAAUCAUGUCAAUAAUUGGAGCUUUCAUGAUGUCGUCACUGCGGCCAUGAUCACCAAUGGCCAGGGUCUUGGUUCGGCUGGUGGAGAUGGAGAUGGUGGAGAGGGUGAGGAAGGGAGUGGAGGGAAGGAGGCGGUGAGGAAUGAUAGUGAGGACCAGCUUCGUCUUGUGAGUGAUGUCUUGGAGGACUUGAGCGCUACUCGCGCGCCCUGA